AUGGCGGAAGGCGGCUUCGAUCCCUGUGAAUGUGUUUGCUCUCAUGAACACGCGAUGAGACGGCUCAUCAAUCUGGUGAGAUGAACAGGACUGUCCUGUCUAGAAUUGAACUGCCUUAGAAGUGUACCAGGACCGUCUGGUGAUAAUGGCAUCAGUAUUACCAUGAUCUUGAUGGCCUGGAUGGUUAUUGCUGUGGUCCUGUUCCUUCUGAGACCCCCCAACCUGAGAGGAUCCAGUUUACCUGGAAAGCCAACCAGCCCUCACAAUGGACAAGACCCACCAGCCCCUCCUGUCGACUAA